GAGAUGCGUUCGGGCAAAAUCGUAAUUGACCGCAAUUUAAAAUUGUUCAUAACGGUACAUUACUUUGUCAGUAUCGUGAUGCUUUGGGCCGUAAUUAUUGUGAUGCUUCGGGCCGUAAUUAUGGUAAUGCUUUGGGCCGUAAUUAUCGUGAUGCUUUGGGCCGUAAUUAUGGUAAUGCUUUGGGCCGUAAUUAUCGUGAUGCUUUGGGCCGUAAUUAUCGUAAUGCUUUGGGCCGUAAUUAUCGUGAUGCUUUGGGCCGUAAUAAUCGUGAUGCUUUGGGUCGCAAAUCCCAUGUUGCUUCGCGACUCCGUUCAGGAGCAAUUACAUCAUUUACAUGUGCUUUUAUGCAUGGCCGGUGCGGAUGAGAGAGUGUAUACACAGUCAGUGCUAUAAAUAAAAAAAAUGUCUGAAAAUUCUAAUACUUUCGAAAAAGCAUCAAGGUUUUCGAGAAUAAUUAAAAAUGCCGUAGAUCAGCUUGAACGUGAAUUAGCUUCGCCUUCCUCCAUCGGUAAUAACCAGCCCGGUGCCAGUACGAGUGCUGGCACUGCAAAUAAUUCAAGAAUGAAUCCACCUCGACCACCUGCAGUGAACCAAGCUCAAGUGCAACAAGAUUUCAGGAAUGCAUUUCCUGGAUUGGCAAACAGACAGGCUAAGAGACCGUCAAACCCAUUUGUCAACACUCAGAAUAAAUCAUCUAAAAGGCCAUUUAUUCCUCCGAAAGAAACGUGGACCCACGAUUUUUGUGUCCUUAGUGAUAUGAAUGCCCAGAUGACACCAAACAAGGAGGAACUUGAGCAAUUAAGAAAAGCUGGUUUGGGAAGAAAAAAAAUUGUAUUCCCAAAUAAAAAUGCCGAUUUCAAUGCAUUUUCCGCAGUCGUCCUGGAGAAAUAUCCAAAAUUAAAGAACAGUGGGGGGUUUCAAUUGCUGCGAGCAGUUGGAGGUGGAGGAGGAGUGCGAAACCUUGAUUUAAUCAUUCCUGACAUCAAUGGGUACUCUAUCCCUUACCUUAGAGAGUCUCAGUGCUUAGGCCAAGCAAUAUUAUACGUUAGACCAUUGCAGGCAAAUUUGCCAAUGAAUAACGAGGACUUUGAAGAGAGUGUGGAAUGUUCUGUUAUGGUCAACUGUAUUACCUGCAAUAAAAGCUUCCCGUUUCUCAAUAUACAAGUUCAUAGGGCAGAGUGCUGUGCAAAUAAUGAAGAUAACGAUGAUAAAGGAUCAAAUUUAAACAAUAGAUCAAGGGCAGAAACAAGUACAAAUAGUGUUGCGUUACAUGCAAAUACACAAUAUUUGGAGGUGGAAACAACGAGUAGAGAAGUUUCUGAGAGAUCGGUUGCAAAAUCGGAGGAUUGUUUAACACAGGAAAUUCGUCGUUUAAAGGAGGUAUUCCCAGACCUUGAAGAAAAUUCUAUUCUUGGUGCACUCCGUGAAAGUGAUUACGACAGUGAGGAAGCAGUCAACCUUUUGCUUGGAAUGAAUGAAACAGAUCCUUCCACUUCAUUGGAAAAGCAGUUAAACAUUUAUACCAGCAGUAUGAAUGAAGAUUGCGUUAAGAUACUUAACGUAGAACGUGAGACAUUGUGGCAAAGGGCUCUGAUUUUUUACAAAUCAACUCCACGCAAGGAGCUGUAUAAACGGCUAAGCGUAAUGUUCGAGGGUCUUGAAAGUGCUAUUGAUGCGGGUGCUUUACGGCUGGAAUAUUUCGGUGACUUGAUACGACUGGUGGACAACAAGCUGUUUGAAGGAAAUGAUCUUCACCGAAUCCCAUGUCAUAGUUGGGAUAAAGUUCAUUUAUUACAGAUGGCUGGUUUGAUGAUAUCGCAUUCAAUCCUCCAGAAAGGCCCAGGAAUGCCUACAUUAGCACCGUAUGUAUAUGAAUAUAUUUCUUCUGAAAACAAAAAUAAAGCAGUGGCACUUAUCAAUCAAGAUGAUCUCCCGGUUACCCCACAAAAUCGCGAUUUGUCUACCUUUAUUAACAAGAUUUCUGACGCAACGACUGAUGAAGAACUAGGAAGUUUGCUAGACGAUCCAGUGAAUUGCGCCAUAGUUGACCGCUCAGGGUGGCCUGUUGAGCGAAUAAUCAGUUUACGUUCAAGAGUUGAUUUCAUUAGCCAAAUCUUAAUCGAAGAGCUCUUCGAUAAGCGUCUCUCUGGGCUGAAUAGCUUCAAAGAAGGACUAAACCAUUUUGGCCUGCUUGAUUUGAUAAAAAAACAACCAACUAUAUGGAGACCUAUGUUUUCCAGAAGUGGUGACGAAGUAUAUGCUAGUAUGUUAAACGCUAGCUCGUUUUUGUCACUGAUCGAAUCUGAUCCAAUCAAUGAACUGGAGAAGAGUGCUUAUUCACAUUUUCUGAAUUUCAUAAACGAGGCAGAAAAUUUGACAGAAUAUAUCCCAGUCAUCGGGAAAGAAGUUCCAGUUUUGAACCUCUUAUUAAAGUUCAGUACGGCGCAUUUAGACAUCCCACCACUUGGUUUAUCUUCUAAGAUCAGAAUUUUGUAUGGAAGAGAUACUAUGUCAAUGCCAGAUUCUGAUGCUUGCUUUAACAAACUUACACUACCUGUUUGUUAUGCCAACGGAGAUGAAUUUCGUAAAGUUAUGCUGGCAACACUGCGUCAUGGCUCUUGUUCGUUUACAGCUUCCCGAUAAGGUAUAAAAAGUAUUAAAAACGUUGGUAGUUUUUAUGCAUGCUUAUGGUACAAUUAAUAUUUAUGUGUUUAUUGAUAUUAAUGAAAAAUAUUGCAAGACAUUUUCAACUUCCAAAACUAGUAAGCAUUGUAUUGUAUAAGUUUUCUUCGAAACCAUUUUUUUUUCUAUGACUGAACAUAGCAUUGCAUUUAUA